UUUCUUUCUCAAAACAAAGAGAAAGGGACAAAUCCUCUCUGGAAGUGGAACAGGCGUGCGAACUUCGACCGGCGAUAUCCGCCAUUUUUUUUUUUGAUAAAUGCAAGAGAAUUUAUUGCCCGCAGAAGAAUUUAUCCGCCAUGGCCACCAUCACUGCCGCCGCUCGCUGGAGCUCUCCUACUCGCCUCCAGCUCCUCAACAGCCGCCGCCUCCGCUUCUCCGCCUCCGCCGCUCCGCCCACUUCCACAGCGGGGUUUGGCUGGGCCGACGCCCUCCGCGUCGCCGUGGACAGCGGGCAUGGCGACGAGUCCGACCUCUCCGGGUACUUCCGGAAGGUCAAGACCUGCAACCGCGGAAUGGACAAGAAGGGGCAGUUCGUCGAGUUCUCUGUGGAAGAUCAGGUCGUGGGGUACAUCCACAAGAGAUUUAUCGAACACAUCAGAGACUUCCAUGAUGUUUUUACCAUUGUCUUGGGCAACAAUGGCAGCAAUAGUGUGGAGCAUGUGUCUCUCCACUCGUCGUUAAGGACUCCAGAAGACAGAACACAUGCUAUUGGAAGUGUUGUUAAAAUGCUUGGAGAAAUGAUUCCAGGUAUUCGAAAUGAGCUCUACCCAGUAACAUCAUCUUAUGGCAUGCCUGUGUACUUUUCUCUGGAACGCGCUGCUGCUCCCUACUUUGGUAUAAAGGCUUACGGAGUUCAUAUGAAUGGGUAUGUUAAUAAGGAAGGUCAGAAAUUUCUUUGGAUUGGUAAGCGAAGUGAUGUGAAGCAAACAUAUCCAGGAAUGCUUGAUCAUCUCGUUGCUGGUGGCCUGCCAUAUGGAAUAUCGUGCAAAGAGAAUAUCAUAAAGGAAUGUGAGGAGGAAGCUGGAAUCCCAAGAUCCAUAUCUACAAAUGCUACUUCUGUUGGAGCGGUUUCUUACAUCGAUAUUGAAGGCUUUAGAUACAAAAGGGAUGUUCUCUUCUGCUAUGACCUCGAACUUCCUUCUGACUUUGUUCCUAAUAAUGAAGAUGGUGAGGUUGAUAGCUUCAGAUUAGUCCCUAUUCCACAUGCUGCAAGCAUUAUACGGAGGACAGAAUUUUUCAAGCCAAAUUGCAACCUUGUGAUUAUCGACUUCCUCUUCCGCCAUGGGUACAUAAACCCAGAUUCUCGUGGCUACCUAGAGCUGAUGCAAACCUUGAGGAGCGGUGAUUGUUCUUAGUUGCCUUUUGCUGUUCAAGUUUCUAAUGAUAGUUCAAUUUGAUGAAACCAAAGUGUCACGGAAUAGUCUUGUGAGAUAAUGAUUAUAAUCAAAAUUAUGCUUGGGACUCAUUUCAGUAUGAGCAGAGGGUUCUCUUGGACUUCUGUUGGUUUGGGGUACCAGACCACCAAUGGAUUUGCUUGGUAUUCUCAUCUUCACUCUAGUGGUAAUCGCACGCUCAUAUGCACCGGAUCAAGCGAUGAGGCGGCAGUGGUCAAAGGUUCAUCACCACCAGAUCAAACCACGAGCAUACGGUGAUCAUAACUUCACCGCUAGAUCAAGUGGUCCAGUGGUGGUACAACUCUCAUCAGUAUUAGAUCAAAUAAUGGAACCACGAUGGUCAGAUACUCGUCACCGCUGCAUUGGACCACGGACCGCCGGACCGGUGGCAAGAAAACAUCCAUUAUUGCCUGAUCAAAUGGUGAGCCGCCGAUGAUCAUUAUCUCAUCACUGCCAAAUGAAGCGAUGAUCUGACAGUGGUAGAAGGCUCAUAAACGCUAGAUCAAACAAUGACCAGCAGUGAGCAAAUACUCAUGACCACAGGAUUGGACCACUGGUGGUGACUGCAAAGUUUAGAAGAAGAAACCAGAAUCAAAUCUUCCAUUUUAGAGUCUUCAGAUACAUAUACAUGUGUACAAUAGGCACUUGGGCCAUGGGCCUUAUGGGCUAGACUAACUAUGUACAAGCAUAGAUUUUACUUAUAGUUGACCCCCCCCCCCUCAAACUCAAGGGGAAGACACAUUGAGUUUGAGAAGAUUAAGACGAUGAUGUUCCUUUGUUUGAGGCUUGGUGAAGAAAUCUGCCACUUGAAGCUCAGAUGGAACAUAUUUGAGAUCAACCGUGGACUGUUGGCAAUGAGAUCUGAUAAAUGAUGCAUCAACACCAAUAUGUUUGGUCAACUCAUGCUUGAUUGGAUUAUUUGCUAUUUGAAUAGCACUCAUAUUAUUACAGAAAAGGGGUGUAGAGUUAUCACAUGAAGCUCCAAGAUCAGCCAGCAACCAUCUAAGCCAAAUUAUUUCAGCAGUUGUAGUAGCAAGAGCUCUAACCUCUGCUUCAGCACUAGAGCGUGAUACUGCACUUUGUUUCUUUGAUUUCCAUGCAAUGGGAGAAGUACCAAUAAAGAUGCAAUAACCGGUGAUAGAGCGACGGUCCAUAGGAUCACUGCCCAUAUAGAAUCUCAACCUGGGCGUUCAGUUUUAAACGACAGUUUGGUUCAGUUUAUUUGGUUUUUUGAAA